UAAUCGAAAGUGAGUAUAAAAAGGACCAAAACAACCCAAAUGGAGAAGCUUAUUACACAAAUUUAACACAUUUCUCAGUCCCACCAGCCGUCCAACUCUCCCAUCAAAAACUAUUUGUCUUGAAUUUUCUUUUUCUUUCCAUCAUUUUCAUCCUCUCUUAUAGAAAAGAAAGAGAAACCUUUUUAAUUGGAAGAAGCUUGAUCUCGAUCAUAACUUUCAUCACUAAUCAUGGCUGUUUUAUUGUUCUUUGCUCUUUUUUUUAGCCUCACUACCUAUUCAAGUGCAACAUACUGUAUCUGUAAAAAUGGAGCUCAAGAUCCAACAGCAUAUCAAAAGGUGAUAGAUUAUGCAUGUGGAGCAGGAGCAGAUUGCAGAGCAAUACAACCAGAUGGACCUUGUUUUGUAUCAGAUAAUCCUAAGGCUGUUUGUGAUUAUGCUGUUAAUAGCUAUUUCCAGAAUAAGGGUCAAAUUUCUGGUUCCUGUGAAUUUUCUGGUGCUGCCACCCCUUCUAACAAUCUCCCUUCCACUGUGCCAUCUGGGUGCACCUUUCCAACUACUGGAAGCCCAGUUACUCCUGGUACGGGCAUCCCAAGCUCGACUCCAGGAGCAGGAAGCAUAACCACUGGAACUAGUACUCCUGGAGGAACAACUUCCACGGGCGGCAUAUUUGGCCCUACAGGACCUAGUCCCAUGGGCAUGCCCGAAUACAACCCAAGCGGUAGUCCAUCUACUUUUCAACAAUUAUCCAUUCCUACUCUGGCACUCUGCUCAGGUUUCUUAGUCUUGUGGGCUCAGUAGAACAUCGGUAACGUGGCUUAGAUCAACGGAACGAGUUUUGGUAACGACGGUAAGUUUAAGUAGGGAAUCAUUUAAAGGGACAAUUGUAACCCUUUAAAUUUUGGAAAAAUAUUCCUGUUUUUUUAGGAGGUGAUUUGUGGUGUGAAAAGUUAGGGGGUAUGUGGGCAUGCAUUGAUUCGAUUUUGAGUGAGUGGGUUUGAUAUUCGGGAUGAAUCAACGUCCUCAUCUUUCUUACUUUCCUAGUGCUUUUUUUUUGAGCCUUUUGUUAUCGGAAUCUGUUUUCAAAUAUGUACAUCUAUGCUUGGUUAGCCUAGAGAUUUUAGGUAUUAUUGUUUAAUGGUGUACUCUAAUGAGAAAAUUAUAUCUCAUGACCUA